CACCUGAUGUUCAACUUUUCACUAUUAGACCGAUUGAGGUUAAGUUAUUUCGGCAAAGGUGGAUCACUAAUAUUUGUGGAAAGUACAAGAAUCCACAAAACGGAAAGGUAAAUACUGCAGCAUGGAUUCGAAGAAAACUAUAUCCAUGGUUUUAACCCUGAUUUUAACUGGAUGUAGUUGUCAAUCCUAUGAGUACGAUAGACAUACGGACAUCAACUUAAGUCAGCGUCCCGCCAGCCCCUACGCUUCUGCCGUUAGCGGUUUAGAUUCUAAAUCAGGUUCCGAAUAUGGAGCAAACUCCCCUUUCGCCAUUGCCGGAAGUGGAUCACCCAGUGUAGUAAUGGGUGGAUAUGGAUUGAGCGGGGGUUUUGUGGAUAGAAACAGUGUUAGGAGAGGCAGCCUCAAUUCCAUAGGGAAGAGUGGAAGUAGAAACGGAGGAGUUGUAAACAAAGAUACCAUGGAUGGUAUGAUGAUAACAGGUGGCUCUGGUGCAGGUAUGCCUAAUUCAAUUAGUUCCGGAAACUCAAGGAGUGUCAGGGGUGGAACUGGUAUGGGGACAGGUGGAUCGGGUUCAGGUAUGCCAAGUCCAUUUAGUUCCGGAAACUCAGGGAGUGCCAUGGGCGGAUCUGGUAUGGGAACAGGUGGAUCGGGUACAGGAAUGCCAAGUCCAUUUAGUUCCGGAAACUCAGGGAGUGCCAUGGGUGGAACUGGUAUAGGAGCAGUUGGAUCUGGUUCAGGUUCAGGAAUACCAAGUCCA